ACGAAUAUCUGAACCGGUCCUGUGCCUCCCCCUAGGUCGACUCAGCCUCAAACGAGUAACCUGGUGCGUAGUGAACGUCACCGCUGGUGAGAGACAAAGGCGGUCGGGCGUGGUGCCGGCCACCCCCUCGUGUGCCGCACCGGCGUUCAUAGGUGCCGCUCGUUCACAGCACUUGCCCCAAGUCUGUUGCAGGCUACACGGGGGACCUUUGUCUUUGUGUGCCACUGUAGCGGCCACUGUGCGCCGGUGCAUUGCAAGUGCGGGUGCAGCGUCGCCUUUACGCGGACAUUUAGAACUUACAAGAAAUAAGAUCCUUUAAACCUUGUGGGGGGGAAAUGUAUAACAUAGUCGGUGGCGAGGAGAGACGAUGAGGAGGCUUUUGGAUCAUCGAAGUGUCGAUGAACUUGAUGUCAAUGCGUGGUAUUUUAUCGCUAUAAACGUUCUUUAAUUUCUCUAUGUACAACGUAAAAUGCACGUGCGUUACACUCCGUGCGACACUGAGGCGCGGCACUUAUUGUAAUUGACAGUAAACAUUAUCUAAAGCUGAACAUACGCACGACAUUGCCGGUAGGGUCAACAUUGCACGGUGCGAAACGCUUCAAACUAUUGCGGUGCAUACGCUGCACAACCGUAACAGCGCAAGCACGAAUAGUACAACAACGUUGUUAUGGCGUGGUAACACUAACUUCUUAAACAUAACAGUGAUUCAGUUAUAACGUCAAAAAAAAAAUCUCGAAAAGCAGAACCCAGACACCGAGGACGAUAGGCCGCAGGCCUUCCGCCUUUCCUGCUCAGCCUGCCGGCUUUGUUGCGCCCAACCCGGCCGCGUCAUGAGGCUGCAGGGGGGUCGCCUGCUGCUGCGGGCAAUGGGGACCUUGGGCUCGCGGGGUCCCCUGAGGCCACGGGGACCUCGCUGCUGGGGCCGGCGUCUCUCCAUCCCCUCUGCCGCAGCCUCGUCCAGGUUGUACAGCUCUGCGAGCUGGGCAGAGGCGACCUUCCAGGACCCCAGGCUGCAGAGGUAUCUGGAGAAGAUAGUGACCGAGCCGCGGGAGAUGGGGGGUGAUGAUGGUGAGGUGGUGAUGAUGGAGGGGGGGAAGGAGGUUGGUAUGAGCCCCGGGAAGAAAGCGACCGUGGCUGCCCACGUGAAGCAGCUGCAGGCGAGGCGGGAAGAGAUGCGGCACCUCGACUCCUUGCUACACGAUUGCGAUGAAGAGAUGAGAAAACUAGCUGAGGAAGAAAAUGAAAUCUGCAAAGCAAAAAUUCACGAGUUGCAGGAAAAGGUGCUGGCCUUGCUGCUGCCGGGGGAUGAGGAGGACGAGGGGGAGUUGCUGCUGGAGGUGUACGCGGGCGUGGGCGGCCAGGAGGCAAUGCUCUUCACGGCGGAGGUGUUCGACAUGUACGAGAACUACGCGCUGCAUCAGAACUGGUGCUUCGAAAGGCUGCAGUACCAAUGGAGCGAGAUGGGGGGCCUGCGACACGCGACGGCGUGCAUCACGGGCGAGGGCGCGUACCGCCUGCUGUGCUUCGAGGGCGGAGUCCACCGUGUGCAGCGAAUCCCGCGCACCGAGUCGAAGGGGCGCGUGCACACCAGCACCAUCACCGUCGCCGUGCUGCGCCAGCCCUCCGAGAUUGAGCUGAACAUCAGCCCGAAGGAGCUCCGCAUUGAGACGAAGCGGGCGAGCGGGGCAGGGGGCCAGAGUGUCAACACCACGGACAGCUCCGUGCGCAUCACUCACCUCCCCACAGGCGUGGUGUCCGAGUGCCAGAAGGAACGCUCGCAGAUCCAGAACCUCAAGCAGGCGAUGACGAUUCUCCGAGCCAAGCUCUACGACUUGCAGCUUGAAGAGCGGCUGAGCAAGCAGCAGACGGCGCGCAAACUUCAGGUUGGAUCCCGAGGCCGCUCGGAGAAGAUCCGGACGUACAACUUCAUGCAGGACCGGAUCACGGACCACCGCAUUGGCCGCACUGUGCAUGGCGUUGCCGCCUUCCUGGAAGGCGGGGAGGCCCUGGACCACAUGGUGGCCGCCCUGCAGGAGGUCGCACGCACGGAGGCGCUCGCCGAGCUGCUCAGCUCGUACGACGAAGGGGCCACUUGACCCACGACCAAGAUUUUCAUUGCUUGCCGGACAAGCCAGUGCCCAGGAUAGAUGCUGUGUUAUCGUGAACUCACCCAACCCA